UGGGGUUGGGUUCGGGGGGGGAAGGGGUUGGAGGUCGGGAGGGAUGUCGGCGCCGGCCGUUACCGAGCCGACUCCAGCCCCGGGCUUCAGACCGGCCUCGGUCGGUCCCGCCUGUUCGGCCCAAGCCACGGCUCCGCCCCCGGGCUCAGCCCAGCGCGCCCCCAGCCCCCUCCCCGACCCGCUGGCGCUGCCGAGCAUCUUCGGCCCCGACCUGGACAGCGCGGGAGCCGAGAGUCUGAACGGGGAGCAGGAGACGGACCUGACGUCCAAGAUGGUGCUGGUGAGUCCGAGCUCGGAGCAGUACGACUGUUUGCUGAAGCAGCUGAGAGAGCGGAUGGACGAGGGGUGCGGGGAGACCAUCUAUGUCAUUGGCCAAGGAUCGGACGGUAAGGAAUACGGUUUGAACGAGGAGGACCUAGAAGCUUCCGUGGCCACGGUGAAGAGCUUGGCCGAGCAGAUCAACUGUGAUCUGAUCUUCCUACGAGAACACCCGGAGGUGGGGGGCAGGGUCCGCGACUACCUGGCCCGCAAGCGGGUGGGAGAGAACGACUUCCUGGAGGUCCGGGUAGCCGUGGUGGGGAACGUGGACGCCGGCAAGAGCACGCUGCUGGGGGUGCUGACACAUGGAGAGCUGGACAACGGUCGCGGCUUCGCCCGGCAGAAGCUUUUCCGGCACAAACACGAGGUGGAGUCUGGGCGCACGAGCAGCGUGGGCAACGACAUCCUGGGGUUCGACAGCAGCGGAGACGUGGUUAACAAGCCAGACAGUCACGGGGGAGGCCUGGACUGGACCAAGAUCUGCGAGAAAUCCACCAAAGUCAUCACCUUCAUCGACCUGGCCGGGCACGAGAAGUACCUGAAAACCACCGUGUUCGGGAUGACAGGCCACCUGCCUGACUUCUGCAUGCUGAUGGUGGGCAGCAAUGCUGGGAUUGUGGGCAUGACGAAAGAGCACCUGGGGCUGGCUCUGGCACUUAACGUCCCCGUGUUUGUUGUGGUGACAAAGAUCGACAUGUGUCCGGCCAACAUCUUGCAGGAGACCCUGAAGCUGUUGCAACGGUUACUGAAGUCCCCGGGCUGCAGGAAAAUCCCCGUCCUGGUCCAGAACAACGAUGAUGUCAUUGUAACGGCUUCAAACUUCAGCUCAGAACGGAUGUGCCCAAUUUUUCAGAUCUCCAACGUGACGGGGGAGAACCUGGAGCUGCUCAAGAUGUUCCUCAACCUCCUGUCGCCGCGCACCAGCUUCAAAGAGGACGAGCCGGCCGAGUUUCAGAUCGACGACACGUACUCUGUGCCUGGUGUUGGCACUGUAGUGUCGGGCACGACCCUCCGAGGACUGAUCCGGCUGAACGACAUGCUGUUGCUGGGGCCGGACCCGUUGGGAAACUUCCUGCCGAUCGCGGUCAAGUCCAUCCACAGGAAACGCAUGCCGGUGCGAGAGGUCCGCGGGGGGCAGACGGCCUCCUUUGCGCUCAAGAAGAUCAAACGAUCGUCCAUCCGCAAGGGGAUGGUGAUGGUGUCUCCCAAGCUGAACCCGCAGGCUUCCUGGGAAUUUGAGGGCGAAAUCCUGGUGCUACACCACCCGACCACGAUCAGCCCUCGCUACCAGGCCAUGGUGCACUGUGGCAGUAUCCGGCAGACGGCCACCAUCCUGUCCAUGAGCAAAGACUGUCUGAGGACCGGGGACAAGGCCACCGUUCACUUCCGCUUCAUCAAAACCCCCGAGUACCUCCACGCUGAGCAGAGGCUGGUGUUCCGAGAGGGUCGCACAAAGGCCGUGGGAACCAUCACUAAGGUAAAGCUAAUACAGACCACAAACACGUCGCCGUCUAACACAAAACCGCUGCAGCUGAAAAUGCAGUCGACCAAGAAAGGCGUCCUGGGGCGGGAAGCCUCUCCGGCGACUCCGGCCUCGCUCCCGGUCACCGGCUCCGGCCUCGAGGACGCGGCUGGCUCCUCUGGGCAGACACCGGCAACUCACAGUCUCAGCCAAACGCAAAUGCAGACAACUUCAGAGGAGGAUAAACUGAACCGCGAUGCUAAAGAAAACAAGCCAAAGGGAGGUGGCGGAGGGAGACGGAGAGGAGGACAGCGGCACAAAGUGAAAUCGCAAGGAGCUGCUCUGACUCCAGCAAACGGCUGUUAAGAUACACGGUUGAGUGCCCGCAGCGAAGCGAACCACAUCACAGGAAACAAUGAUGGAAGUGUCCAAGAUCAGGAAGUCAUGUGGACAUUAUUUUUAUCAAAGAAGAACUUUUUUUUUUGAAGUGGGGGGGGG